AUGAGUUCCCUUCAGCAGGUGAAUCCCAGGGUGAGAGGGAUGAGGGCGUCUCCGCACGCCGCUCUGCAGAGCCUGGCUGCUCGCAUCACACAGGAGAUCCUGCAGGGGGCGCAGCGAUCCUUCAAAGAGGUGAUUGACUUGACCUCAGGUGACCCCCAGCGAGCAGGAAUGAAAUCCAUCUCCUUUGUUCGACAGGUGUUGGCAGCGUGUCUCUGUCCUCACCUGCUGAAGGACACCAGUCUCCCUGUGGACGUCCGUCUGAGGGCUCAGAGUCUCCUGGACUCCUGUGAUGGAGGGAGUGUGGGCGCCUACACCCCCUCCUCCGGGUUGACUCGGGUCCGACAGAGCGUCGCCGAGUUCCUCACCCGACGAGACGCCGGAGCUCCGUCCCACAGCAGAGACGUCUACAUCUCCGCUGGCUCCCAGGUGGCGCUGAUGCUGCUGGUGAAGCUGCUGGCCGGAGGGGAGGGGGAGACCCCGACGGGCGUGUUGACCCCGGUGCCCUGCCCCCCCACCCUGCCCGGGCUGCUGGACGGGGAGGGCGUGGCCCUGGUUCCGUACCAGCUGACAGAGGGGCGGGGCUGGGCCCUGGAGCUGAGCGAGCUGCACCGGGCGCUGGAGGCCUCUAGAGGGCGCUGCAACCCGAGGGCCAUCUACGUCAGUAACCCGGGAAUCCCGACUGGCCACGUCCAGGACAGGAAGUCCAUAGAGGAAGUGAUUCGAUUCGCUGCGGCCGAGCGACUCGUGCUGCUGGUGGACGAGGUUGACCAGGACUCUGUGUUCGGCUCAGAGUUCAUCUCCUAUAAGAGAGUUCUGUUCCAGAUGGACAAAGUUUACUCUGAGUCCGUGGAGCUAGUUUCAUUUCACUCUCUCUCCAGCGGCAGAAUGGGAGAAGGCGGCCUGAGGGCCGGCUUCAUGGAGGCCGUGAACAUGGACCCGGAGGUGAUGCACUACGCUGACGUCCUGCUGUGCUUCGACAUCAGCGCUCCGGUCACAGGUCAGCUGGCCCUGGACCUGAUGGUCGACCCCCCCAAACCUGGAGACGCCUCCUAUGACACGUACACACAGGAGAUCCUCAGCGCUCGGGCCACUUUGUCCCAGAAUGCUCAGCGGGCCUGGCAGACCCUCAACGGCCUCCCGGGGGUCAGCUGUCAGCCGGCGAUGGGCGGAGCCUACCUUUAUCCCAGCGUGCGUUUACCAGCCGGGAUUCAGGAGCAGGCCGAGAUGCUGGGGGUGGAGCCAGAUGUCCUGUACUGUGAGAGGCUCCUGCAGGAGGAGGGCGUGCUGGUCGGAGCAGGUCUUCAUCCUGGAGGAGACACACAUCAUCUGAGGUUAUGUGUCCUCGUCCCCCCCGACUCUCUGGAGGAGGCCCUGACUCGCCUCAGCUCCUUCCACCUGCGCCUCCUGGACAGAUUCUCUCCCUGUGAAGGUCUGAAGGACAAAGACGAGAACGUUAACCUCAGAGAGAAGAUCUGUCAAUAA